UGGUGUCGUGGACAAGACUAAAAACACCCUUUUGCCCUCAAAUACCCAAAUUGUCCCUUUAUUGGCCAUCCCAAAUCUCCAUCAAUCUUUACUUAAUGGGCCAGUAAUUUUUUCCACCCUAGAUUUUUCAUUUCAUUUUUUCCGUCCUUUAACUAAUUAACUGCUGUAAAUACGACGUUUGAGGGGACGGCACGCGGCUGUCCCAUAUAACGCACUAACACAGAGUUCGAAAUCGAUCUGAUCUCGGCCGUCCAAUUUCAUCAGACUCAGAUUGAGACGGGAAGUUAAUCCAACAAAUUCAUCAGAUUAUAAGAUUAAUAAUAAAAAAUGUUACAAAUAAUUAAAGAAAGCACGAGGACAAUAUUGUCUAUCUCAUCAUAAAUUUACCUCGCAGUACGCAAUAGUACAACGUCACCGGCUUUUCAGGUCAGCCGGCUCGUUCAAUCCAUGUCAAAGAAAGAAGUUUCAACUUUUUAAUACAAGUAAAACCCUUCGUUUUCCGCAUUAAUUACACUAUCACCCUCUUCAACCUCUUCUUUACUUGUACUGUUCUAGUAUACUCAUCAGUCCACACUCAGCUUGAAGAAAAAAACCCUUCACUUCCCCAACCCUUACUGUCCGCUUCUCGCAGAGCAAAAUAUGGCGAAACCCCGCUUCCUAAUCCCACAUUUUUUGUUCUCUUUUCUUUUCUUCUUUCUGGUCCAAGUUAUUCCAAACCCUGAUUUGAAACCAUUGAUGGACUUCAAAUCAGCUUCGGACAAAGCCAACAGGCUAACUUCGUGGAACUCAACCGCUGACCUAUGCACCUGGAGCGGAGUUACAUGUCUCCAAAACCGAGUCUCUCGACUCGUCCUGGAAAACCUUGACCUAACCGGCUCCUUCGAACCCCUCACUUCACUCACCCAACUCCGUGUCCUCAGUCUCAAACAAAACCGCCUUUCGGGUCCGGUUCCCAACCUCUCCAACCUCACUGCUCUCAAGCUCCUAUUUCUAUCGCACAACGAGUUAACAGGUGAGUUCCCAGCUUCGGUUCAGUCGCUGUUUCGUUUGUACCGUCUCGAUCUGUCGUUUAACAACUUUACCGGUGAGAUUCCCGUUACGGUCAACCGUUUGACUCAUCUUUUAACGCUCCGGCUUGAGGAGAAUAGGUUUUCUGGACCACUUUCCAGUUUAAAUCUCCCGAAUCUCCAGGACUUUAACGUUUCUGAUAACAGGCUUUCUGGUGAAAUACCCGAGUCUUUCUCGAGAUUUCCGGAAUCGGCUUUUGGUUCAAAUGCAGCUCUUUGCGGGGCCCCAAUGGAGAAAUGUAAGAGCAUUGAGAGUGACCCGAGAAAACCCGGAUCCGACGGAGCAUUGGCGUCACCGUUAUUACCGGGUCGUAACCCAACUGUUGUAGCUUCAUCCCCAAGCUCAUUGCCCUCUACUGGAAACCUCAACAAAACCCCAAAUUCUCAACGUCACAGUGCAGCCAAAAUAAGCCCAUCGGCUUUAAUAGCAAUAAUUUUGGGCGAUGUUUUGGUUCUCGCUUUGGUUUCUCUCUUGCUUUAUUGUUACUUCUGGCGAAACUACGUUGCCAAAAUGAGAGAUGGGAAGGGCUCUAAGGUUCUAGAAGGAGAGAAGAUCGUGUAUUCUUCGAGUCCAUACCCAGCACAGCCAGGUUUCGAGAGGGGAAGAAUGGUGUUUUUCGAAGGGGUUAAGAGGUUUGAGCUGGAGGACUUGUUGAGAGCUUCGGCGGAGAUGUUAGGAAAAGGUGGAUUCGGGACGGCUUAUAAAGCGGUUUUGGAUGAUGGAAAUGUGGUAGCUGUGAAGAGAUUGAAAGAUGCAAACGUAGGAGGGAAGAGAGAGUUUGAGCAACAAAUGGAAGUUUUGGGAAGGUUGAGGCAUCCCAAUCUGGUUAGCUUGAAGGCUUACUAUUUUGCCAGGGAAGAGAAGUUGUUGGUCUAUGACUACAUGCCCAAUGGCAGCUUGUUCUGGCUACUUCAUGGGAACCGUGGACCGGGGAGAAUUCCGUUGGACUGGACCACAAGGCUCAAAAUAGCAGCAGGAGCAGCUCGUGGCUUAGCUUUUAUUCACAAUACAUGCAAGACUCUUAAACUUACCCAUGGUAACAUCAAAUCCACAAAUGUCCUACUUGAUAAAUUAGGGAAUGCACGCGUGUCAGACUUCGGCCUCUCCAUCUUGGCAUCACCCACCAACAAUGCCCCAAGAUCAAACGGUUACCGAGCCCCGGAGGUUUCAUCAGAUGGUCGGAAACCCACCCAGAAAUCCGAUGUGUACUCCUAUGGUGUUUUGCUGCUUGAGAUGCUAACAGGGAAAUGCCCCUCCAUAGUGGAUAAUGGUGGUUCAGGGUAUGGCUACGGUGGGGCCGUGGAUUUACCUAGGUGGGUCCAAUCUGUGGUGAGGGAAGAAUGGACGGCUGAGGUUUUUGAUUUGGAGCUAAUGAGGUACAAGGACAUCGAGGAGGAAAUGGUAGGGCUAUUGCAGAUUGCAAUGGCUUGUACUUCUGCUUCACCUGAUCAACGGCCUAAAAUAAGCCACGUUGUCAAGAUGAUCGAGGAGAUUCGUGGGGUCGAGGUGUCACCGUGUCACGAUGCACCUGACUCGGUUUCGGACUCACCUUGCUUGUCUGAAGACACGUGCGGGGCAGUUAGCCAGUGACUAUGAGUUUCCUUCAUGUUUUCCAUUGGUUGUUGGAAAAUACUAUUGAAGUUGAUGUAAUUCAUGGUUUUGUUCGCUGUCUUGCAUUUUAAUGUUAGUUUGCACCAUGGGUUUUAUGCUAAUUGAAGAGAUUUUAAGAAUUUGAUUUAUACAAUGAUUACAAAGUUCUUGUGGGCUUUAAAGAAGAAAAAAAGCUCUGUUUUCUCAAAGGAUUAAAGUAGUAUUUCUUCUAACAUUCAAGUUGCAGUUGCUAAUGUUGAUAAAAUAAUACUGAGAUGGGCUGGCAGGGGACAUAGAAAAUUCUUUUGUCAGCUUAAAUCAUGGAAGGAUCUUCAAUUAUUUAUGAUUAGAGAAUGUGAGAUGCUCUAAAUUAAUCAUCUUUUGCUGUA